AUGAAAUGGGUUAAAGAGAACAUUGCAUAUUUUGGUGGAAAUUCAAAAUCAAUCACCAUAUUUGGUGAGAGUGCUGGAGGUGCGAGUGUCUCAGCACAUACGUUAUCCAAAGGUAGCUGGGAGUUGUUUGACAGAGCUAUUUUGCAAAGUGGAAACAUACUUAUGCCGUGGGCGAUUAUGACAGAUUCUCAAAUCCAAGAUGAAUUAAAAUGGUUUCUAGGAAAAGUUAAUUGCUACAAUAAUGAAAAUUUACUGGAAUGUCUACGAAAUGUGGCUGAAGACAAAUUGAAGAGCGUGGCGAAUAGCAAAGAAUUUUGGUCAAUAUGGACUGGUCCAAAUGUUGAUAGAGAAUUCAUUUCUGAUAAACCAGAAAAAAUAUGGGAGAACGGAGACAUAAAAAAACAAGAUAUAAUUAUUGGAACUACUAAAGAUGAAAUGUUUAUGGGCCAGCAAUAUGUAUUGGACAAGUCUACGGGCAUAAGCUAUUAUUUGAAACAUUUCGAGGAAUUACUAAAGAUGCAUUUCAAGAAUUCAUCCAAAGCGGUGUAUGAGACAGCGAGAGAAUUGUACACACCGAAAUGCAUUUGUUCUUAUUUGGAAGCGUUAAAACCGAGUGUAGCAUUUGAAUCAGAUCAACUCAUAAUUUGUGGGAGCAGACAGGAGAUUAAACUAAGAUCUAAAUUUGUGAAUUCUACAAAUGUUUAUGUAUUUCAAUAUUCUCAUGCUCCAUUGGUAGACUAUAUCCCUGAACUGUACCCUUAUGGAGUAUUUGGAUUUGCUGCCCAUGCACUCGAUGUUGUGGUAAGAAAUUCUGUUUUAAUACACUGGCCGAAAGAACUAGUCAGUUAGUGACCUAUUCAACUCAGCUUUAAUGCAAUACAUGGCAGCAAGAAUUAUUUUCUAGUACGUUUGUUUGUAGAUCUUUAGUUCAGGGGGGACCUUUACUUUACAGGGGAAGCAUCAUUGUUUGUGACUGCUGUCCUUAAAGCCUCUUUUCCAUCCAUUAUAAGGCAAUCUUACAAGUUCGCUUUGAAUUACUGCGUCCAAUCACAAUGCUUGACAGUCACAGUUUACUUUGAUAAAAUGUGCGUAUACUCGCAGAGGGCAUGCAUGCGAGUUGGUUUUUGCGAUGAGUAGAAAAGACUCUUGAUCCUUACACUAACCACCAACCGUACUUAGCUCAUAAAAAGCGAGUACUUUACUCAUUUUCAACAAUUAAUAUCAUGCAUGUAGUAACUGAUAAUGAUAUUCCGUUGUAUUUUAGUCAGUAUUUGGUGUGCCAAUAAAUGAUACGAAAUUCCGGUUCGAUGAUCAAACACUCUCUAUGAGAAUGUUAUUAUAUUGGACAAAUUUUGCAAAAACCGGGUAAGUUUUAAAGUCUACUCCGAUGGGCGUAUUUUAUCAAGGGUCACGGUUUAGCAAGCCAUGCAUAGAAGUUAAAAAACUGCCAUUUAGCAAUACCAACAUAGUAUUAGAGUAUUACCUUUCACCACAUAAUUUCGAUAUUUAUUUAUUUACAGUAUGCUUGGUUUCAAUCUCAUUUUCCGGCAAAAAUUGCUAAUUGACCGACGGGUUUUCCAAAUUCCACGAUCCCUUGGAGCAAAGACGAUGACGAAAAUUCCAUUUCCAAUCAAUCUCGUACCCAGAGCAUGCCUGUUCGCAGGACAGACUGCCCACCCUUAACCUGCCAAGUGCCAACGGUCAUGCUCUGGGUACGAAGAUUGAUUUCUAGUUUUCCAAUUUCUUGGCGAAAAAGAUUUAAUUCCAUUUCAUCCAUUCACGACCUUUAAAAAGUGAUCCUGUAUGGUGCAUAACAAAAGCAGAUGGCAGAACAAAUAUCAAGUAUCAAAUGAGUUUAGUGAAGUAUUAGUGAACAUUUUGGAGCACCUUAAUCGAUAGAACAGAUCAAUAUAGAAGGGUUUUUUUGCUGGAUAUUUCAAGCGAAAAUUAUAUACAUGCAUUUUAGACCUGGAUGAGAGAUGCUGUGAAAUGUUUUUAAUGUUGUUAAUAAGAAAACUACCGCAGUUUUUGUAUAGCUAGAUACCGAUAUAAGUGUUCAUUGCAAGAAACCCCGUCACAAAAGUUGUGCUACCAAACACUCACUAAUUCCACUUCUUUUAUACAGAGAUCCAAAUUCAGGCACCAGAAAGUUACCUAUUGUGGUAGACAAUGUCGACACUUUACCGUUAUGGCCUCAACAUAGCGAUAGUAAUGAAGAAUUUCUGGGCAUGGAAAGUUUUUCUCAGAUGACCGUAAGAACAAAAUUACGUGAAAAACAUUGUGAAUUUUUAAAUGAUCCUGAAGGAUUUAUUGAAAAAACGACGGGUGAUUCGACGUAA